AUGGGACACGCCCACCUCAAAGAAAAUGAUUUCAAAGAACUGCUAAAGAUUCUUCAGCAGGAGGAAAAGAAGUUGACUGACAGAAAAGAUGUGGAUCUUCCCCCGAUGCACAUAGCUGUUACUACUGUUUUUCAACAAGCGAAAAAACUUUGCGGUGAUGCUCCAUCUUUGGUGGUUGCUGAUUAUGUCAUCUCUGAAACAUUCAAUCAGAACGAGAUAUUCACAACAGCCAUGAAGAAUAUGCCGGAUGAUGAGAGAAACAAACUUUUCAAAGUGAAACCGGAAUUCAUAAAAAGUGAAUGCCGUGGCAUCUUCUUGUCUUACCGAGGAGGAUCCGGAACUGGAAAGACUAUUAUUGUGAAGGAGAUAGCGAAGCGAUUUGCAGAAAGAGAUGAAGUACUAUUAGUGAACCUAGCGGGUGGAGAGCUCACAAAGCGCUUCCGAGGAGAAUUCCAGGGUGAGUAUGAACCAUCCGCUUGAUAAAAGG